AUGGCAGAAGUCCUAAACAUGGAUUAUCUCUACAGACCUAAGCUGCGAGACAAAAAUGCUUGUUGUCAUCGGGGCGAAGUAGCCAAAUAUGUACCCACGAUGUGCGGAUUCGCUUGGGCUAGAUCCAGCAGCUUCUUUGGACAGGUCACCGCCUCUGCCCUCAUCUUCUGUUGGUGCUUGCUCUGCUUCCUGAUGGAGAGCCGAGCCAAAUCUCAAACGGUAGUCGUAGAGGUAGACGACGUCAAGACCUUAGUGCUCAGAGAUGAUGAUAGGGUUGAAGAGGUGGAAGUCGAAGUUGAAAGGCUUCCUGAUGCGCUGCUUGAGACAGAGCUAGUUGUUGCAGGACUAGUAGAAGAGCCACUGGUGCUAGAUGUUCCUGAGAUGGUGUUUGAGACUACAGGCGUUGUUGCCGAAUUACUUGUUGACAAACUUGACGUAGCAGUGCUGGUAGAUGAGGUGCUGCUAAGCGAACUUGUAGAUAAGGUGCCUAAAGAAGUAGUACUGGAGGAGGAGAAGGUGGAUGUUGAUGAAGAUGAAGUCAGCGAUGGAGCCGAUGUUGACGUGGAAGAAGUAGAGGAGAGAGAUGUCGAAGAUGCUGUCGAGGAAGACGUAGGCGAGGUAGAAGUUACAGAGGUGGCAUCUGUCGAGGACGAGGAAGACGAUGAUGAGGUUGGUGUUAAAGAAGAAGAAGUGUCGGAUGUUGACGAAAAGGAUGAAGAUGAGGUAGACGUGGUACUAGACGUGGAAGUGUCGGAUGAGCUUGACGUGAUAGAGAUAGAUGAGGACGAAGGGGAAGAUGUGGGUGAUGAGGUUGUGGUGGUGGAUGCCGAUGAAGUAGACGAGGACGAGGUAGACGAGGUAGAGUCUGUUGAGGAUGAUGUUGAUGACGAUGAGGUAGACGAAGAGGAUGAAGUCGAUGAGGUAGAUGAGGUAGUGACGUUGGAGAACGAAGUCGACGAAGAGGACGAUGAAGACGAGAUUUUGGCAAACCUGCGGCCCAUUAUCGGUCCCGUUUCGUUCUACCAUUAUCACGAGGGUGUUGUAUAG